AUCGUGACUCGCUCUCUCAGUCAUCGUUUUUCGCUCGACUUUAACGGUUCUCGUGGGGACUUAGUUCCAGCCUACAAAUAAAAAAUAUAAAAAUAAAAGACGCGGAGUGCUAAACGGUUAAACUCUCACUAGUUAAUUGCAAAGUUAACACAGCUAAUUUUUACCCAGUUAAGAGUAAUAGAGAGAGAGAUAAAGAGACCACCCGCGCGGCUCGCAGAAAUAUUUACACUAGCGACUAAAACAGGAUCAACAGGAAAAAAUGGGUAAAGCUCAGAGCAAGCGUUCAAUCGACAUCACCACCGAUCCCAAGAAGGUCGGCGAGGGCGAUGAGGUGGCCGGCAAGGUGGAGAAGAUUGACGUUGACCAGAAGGCGGACGCGCCGGCGGUGAACGGAGACGCUGCCACGCCCAAAGAGGGAGGCGAUGAAGCGGCGACGGGAGAGAAAAAGGAAUCGGAGGAGCAUUCUGAGAACGACAAAGAUCUAACCACCGAAAAGAAUGCCGCAACCGCUGAAGGUGGAGAUGCGGCUGUUGAAGCGGCGAAGGGUGAUGAGGGUUCUCCCAAGGACGGAUCUGCUGCCGCUGGCGAGGAUAUCACCCCGCUGGCCGAUGAAAGCAUCAAGUCCAAGUCCAAGAAGGAUAAGGUCAAAAAGAAAUGGUCUUUCAGGAGCAUCUCCUUUGGCAAGAAAGACAAACAGAAGCCGGCCAAGUCGGAGGAGGCUGUCUCUCCCACAUCUGGCACGACGUCGCCCACGACGGCCGAGGCAGAAGCUGCUCCAGCUGCAGAUGUACCUCCAGCGGCAGCCACAAACGGCGAGGCCGAAAAGACUGCCGAGACUGCCACAGCAGAGCCCACCAGCGAGACCGCGUCCAAGGAUGAGGCAAAGCCCUCCGAGAAUGGAUCGGCGAGCGAGCAAGAGAAAAAGGCCAACGGGGAAGCCGAGAAGGCGUCGCCAGCACCAGCAACAGUUGAGGAAACGGCACAGCCCAAGCCCGCCGAGGAACCAGCCACUGCCACUGCCACCGAGUCGAACACCGCUGCCAACACUACUGCCACCGAAGAAGUUCCCGUGAAAGAGAGCCAGCCAGAGCCGGAAGUGGUUACCAAUGGACAUGGAGCCGGAGAUGGGGAGGCGCUGACCAACGGAUCAAGCAAUGGACUGGCCGAAUCCCCAGUGGCCGAGACAGCACCAGCAGCUGACAACAUUCCAAGCAACGUUGAUGACGAGCAACCGCACCAGAAUGGCACCAAUGGCACUACCACGCCCCCGCCCACUCCCGUGGCCGUCGAGAACGAGAAGGGACAGCAAAUUGAGGUAAACAACCACACAAGAACAGACAGCACCACACACAGCAACAGCAAAAACUUCACUGUAAAUACAAGUACAACAACAACAAGAACAACCGAAAUCACAGAAAACACUGCACUAAAAACAAUAAAUACAGAAACAGAAAGAACUUGCACAGGCACUGUGACCGAGACCGUUGUAGCAGCCGCAGAGUUAGUUCAGACCCAAACAAUCCUAACCAAAACAACCAACACGAUCCUUCCCACCUCCCACACGCAGGCCAGCAAUGAAGCAGUUACCACCAGCCAAGCGGAGGAGGAAGUUGUGGCGGCGAUCAUCAAGGCGGUUAGCAGCGAACUUGAAGCCGAAACGGAGACUGAAACGGAGGCCGAGGGAUUCGUGGUUGUUGCUCCUGUAUCCACCGAAGAUGAAGUUUCCGUUUCCCCUGUUGCACCCGCUAAAAUCGAAUUCGUGGCGGAAGUUCCCAAAGUGGAAACUGAAUCCGUGGCUGAGGUUCAAAAAGUUCAAAUUGAAUCCGUAGAUGAAGUUGCCGAAGUUAAAGCUGAACCCGUUGCUGAAGUUCCCGAUGUUGAAUCCGAAUCCAUUGUCGUUGAGUCCAGGAGCAGCAGUCCGCCGCCUCCGUUGCCCAAAUCCCCGCCCCCAUCUCGAGUAUCCGCCUUUGUCCUGUCCGAUGAAGUUAUCGAGGAGCAGAUAACCCCAAACACACCCGAAGUGAAGCGUGAUGAGAUCGAGCAGCAGGCCAUCAGCAUUGUAGCUGAGAUCACCGAACAGGCGGCAGAAAUUGUCACCGAAAAAGAGAAACAAGAGGGGGAUGCCAUGGAGGAGUCUGUUCUUGCUGCAGUUGAGGAGACCAUCGCCUCCACGGUUGAAGUUGAGGAGACCACUGUCUCCAAUGUUGAAGUUGAGGAGACCACCUCCGCCACGGUUGAAGUUGAGGAGACCACCGCCUCCACGGUUGAAGUUGAGGAAGUUUCUUCUGUUAAAAACGAAGAUGUAUCGGCUCCCUCUCCAACGGCUAACUUAACUUAUUCUACGCAACCGGACGUUGUCGAAGAAACUACUGUAGAUCAACCAGCAUCCGACCAAGAAGAGUCUGUGCCAGUUCCAGCUUUUAUUGAUCCUGCGGACACGAAGAAAAUUUUGGCUGACACACAAGAAGUCCCUUCUGAUGUUGAUGAUGCGGCAAUCGAAAAUAAAGUUGAAACCCACCAAGAACAGCAAGCACCUCUUGAAGAAACCUCCAAACAAGAACCAUCAGAGCAGGAUGUCAUUUCUGAUGAUGCGCAAAGCGAUAACGACAAGGAAAACGAAAACGACCUGGUCGGAAACAUAAUUAGCGAUCUGGAUGCCCCGAUCACCAAAGCAGGUGUCGAACUCAUUGCUGAGUUGGAUGUGAGACCCACGGAACAGGAAGGCGAGAGCAACAACAAGGUGGAUCUCGCAAAGGAUCUGAAGGAGAAGAAUGCCGCGGCAGACGUUACAACACAGGAACAACUGCCCGUUACAUGCGAAUAAUCCUACUCAUAAUUAUUAUAUAUAAUAUUACAUAUUAUUAAAAACAAAACAACAAACGAUACAAGCAACAACAAAAGAACGCAACGUAAAACAACAAACAAUUACAAGAUAAACGAGAUAAAAACAAAACAAAAACAAAAAAACAAGUAAAAAUACAUUUUUUAACAUUUACAUAUUUUAAAUAAUUUUUGUACGAACUUCAUAUCCCUAAUCCAAGAUAUACGCAAGCAAAAGUCAGAGUUACACGUGACACCACCAUCCACGCCACCACUGCAACCACACCCCACUCAAACACCCACGCGAAGGCAUCAAUAGUUUUUUAUUGGUGCCUCUGAAUUCCAGAUCGGGGGAAUCCCCUUAAACACAUCCAUCACCCAUCAAGCACACAUCCACCACACAUGCGCAUACAUACCAUUCUCAUAUUGAUGAUCUUGAUAGAUAAAAGGAAUCAACAAAUCAUAUACGAUGAAAUGAUAAAAGUGAGGAGAAUUUUUUGAAUAAUUUCUACUAUACAUUUAACUGUAAGUUCGAAGAAAUUUGUAAAGAAUUUUUGGACGAAAUAUUGGAUAAAAUAUAUAUUAUAAAAUAUAAAA